AUGGCAGCUACAAACGACUGGACACCGACAUCCUGGCGCUCAAAGCCCAUCAAGCAAGAGGUCGUCUACGAUGAUCAGCUUGCCGUGAACAAGGCCGUGACCAAACUCACCAACUUGCCUCCUCUUGUCACCGCUCACGAGAUCUGGAAAUUGCGCGCCUCGCUACGAGAUGUUGCGCUCGGAAAGUCUUUCCUGCUCCAAGGUGGUGAUUGCGCCGAACUCUUCUCCUACUGCAACGCUGGUUCUAUCGACAGCAAAACCAAGCUGCUACUGCAAAUGUCUCUGGUCUUGAUUUACGGUGCCAACAAGCCUGUGGUUCGUAUCGCACGUAUGGCUGGUCAGUACGCGAAACCCAGAUCUUCACCAAUGGAGAGCCAACCGGACGGCACAAAGAUCCCCUCUUUCCGUGGUGACAUCUUGAACGGUUUCCCUGCUGAGGAAAGAGCGAUUGAUCCUGGACGUCUUGUUGAAGCUUACUUCCAUUCUGCUGCAACUCUCAACUACCUUCGUGCUCAGCUAGCGUCUGGUGUCGCUGAUCUGCACAACCCCUUGGACUGGAAUCUGGGUCACGUAGCAGACCCAGACCUUGCAGAGCGCUACCACAAGAUCGUCGACUCGAUUGCUGAAUCCCUCCGUUUCAUGCGCACAAUCGGCGCCGAUACAGCCGGACAACUCCAAACUGUCGAUCUCUACACAUCCCACGAGGGCCUGCUGCUCGAAUACGAAAGCGCAAUGACCAGACAACUCCAACAUCCUCGCAACAAGUUCACCGCAUGUGCUGGUGCCACCCCUGUCGUCAACAACAGCGACUCCGAAGACGACGAAGACGAAUCAGGCCAUUACAACACCUCCGCUCAUUUCCUGUGGGUAGGCGACCGCACACGUCAGCCCGACCACGCCCACAUCGAAUACUUCCGCGGCAUCGUCAACCCCAUCGGUAUCAAAGUCGGUCCCACGACCUCCGUGACCGAUCUCUGCGAACUUCUCGACGUCGUGAACCCUGACAAGGAAAUCGGCAAAGUCACACUGAUCACUCGCUACGGUCAAGACAAGGUCUCAGACCUGCUUCCCACGCACAUCAAAGCCGUCAGAGAAAGCGGCCACAUCGUUGUCUGGCAAUGCGACCCCAUGCACGGAAACACCCGCUCCACCGCCACUGGCAUCAAGACCAGAUCUUUCAGCGCAGUGUUCAACGAAUUGGAGGCUUCGCUGCGCAUUCACCGCGCCCUGGGUAGUAUCCUGGGCGGUGUGCAUUUGGAGUUGACGGGCGAUGCUGUUACCGAAUGCACAGGUGGAAGUGUUGGUCUCGAAGAUGAGGAUCUGGGAAGCCGAUACGAGACUUUCUGUGAUCCCAGAUUGAAUGAGAAGCAGGCUCUCGAGUUGGCCUUCUUGAUUGCUGGAUUCCAGAGGAAAGGAAGAUCUAGCGUUGCUGUCUAA